AUUCCCCGCUGUCUCUUUCUAUCCCCCGAAGCAGAAGAGAGUCAAGAGACACAGGACACUCUGAAUUGGAGAAGCGUUUGUCGUUUUCUACGAGAUCACGUCACCGCUGCUUCUUCCCCUGCGGUCCUCACCUCGUCGACAACCAUGGUUGACGUCGACCGGAGGAUGACCCCGGCCCACGUAGCUGGCCUACGCCGGCUGUCCGCUCGUGCUGCUGCUGCUUCCACUGCCUCCAACACCACCACCUCCACUCCCGUCCGAACAGGUCUCGAUUCUUUCUCUUCCCUUGCCGUCAAGGUCAUCUCCCACCUUCGCAGCUUCAGCAUUCUGGUUCAACCGGGCCUCUCCGACGCAGAGUUCGCCCGAACCGAGGCAGAGUUCGGCUUCGUCUUCCCUCCCGACCUCCGUGCCGUUCUCUCCACCGGUCUACCCGUUGGCCCCGGAUUCCCCGAGUGGCGUGCCGGUUCUGGAUCUCGCCUCCGUCUCCACGCCUCCCUUGACCUUCCAAUCGCCGCGAUUUCUUUUCAGAUUGCACGUAACGCUCUCUGGCCCAAGUCUUGGGGUCCACGGCCAUCUGACCCUGAGAAAGCUAUGCGCGUCGCUCGAAAUGCACUGAAGAGAGUACCCAUCUUGAUCCCUCUCUUCAACCACUGCUACAUCCCUUGCAGCCCAUCUUUGGUAGGAAACCCUAUCUUCUUCGUCGACGAGAAUCGGGUAUUCUGUUGCGGAUCCGAUUUAUCCAAUUUCUUCGAACGGGAGUCCCUGUUCCGAUGCGAUAACGAUGGUUGCGUCCUAAAAAAACAGCGCUCCGUCAGCGAAAAGACAGCAGUUUCGUCCUCAUUUUCCUCUAAUUACUCCCGCAGAAGCUUAGAUUCUGGGAGCAGAACACCCAGAUGGAUUGAAUUCUGGAGUGAUGCAGCCGUCGAUAGAAGGCGUAGGAAUUCAUCAUCUUCGUCGUCUUCUUUAUCGCCCGAUCGAUACUAUGAGAUUCCUCGACCGAUAUUUCGGGGAAAACUGCCGAAAUGGGUCGAAGGGUAUUUGGAGCGGAUCGGAACAGUCCUGAGUGAAGGUGGGUGGGAUGAGACUGAAAUAGCCGAAAUCGUACAGGUAUCGUCCUCUGGUUUUUUUGAAAGAGACGUGAUUUUGUUAGAUAAUCAAGCAGUGUUGGAUACUCUGCUACUCAAGGCAGACCGGUUCUCUGAUUCAUUGAGAAAAGCAGGGUGGAGCUCUGACGACAUCACUGACGCCCUGGGUUUCGAUUUCCGACUUGAAAAAGAGAGUAAAUUAUUGAAGAAAAUUUCACCGGAGCUCGUCAAGAAGAUCGGAAAGCUUGCAGAAUCCGUCUCCCCCUCAUAAAAUCUUUUACCGGUAGGAGUCCUCGAUAUUCCCGUGAGGCGUGAGCUGAUCUACCACUGCAAAAUGCAAAUAGCCAACCUCGAAGCAAGAUUGUCUGUAAAAAACGACCUCUGCUUUUUGGAGAAGAACCCUUUUAGAAUUCUGGUAGAUAUUAUGGAAGAAACUAAUAGGGUGUUAGGGGUUGGAGUGUCUCUGUAGCUGUAGAAUGUCAGAUGAUACCCAACUCUGUGAAGCCGCGUGUGUCGUUUAUAGGAGUGUGGGGAAAAGGAAUUGUGGCUUCGAAUAGGGUCUAAACUCUACACUCCAAACUCUUUCCCUCCCCUUCCCUUGCCUCCCCUCUUUAGAUUUUAGCUUUUCAGGGACAUAACAACGAGGGGUGCAGGAGGAAGUGUAAGAGUGCCUCAUUCACCCUCUCCCUGUAGGGGUGUCAACGGUCCGGGUUGGUCCAGUUUCGAUCCGGUUUUAUCGGUUUUGGUGUGACUUUGAAAUUGAUCGAA